AUGCCGAGGUCAAAACGCUCAAAACUUGUUUCUCUGACGAAAGUCUCCAAAAAGACGAAGGAGCACAAAAAUGCCAUGAUGGCCGAGCUACAAUCUAACGCCGAAAAGUGGCGGUAUUGCUGGCUUUUCGAGGUGGGGUCGAUGCGAAAUGCGCAUCUCAAGACCGUCAGGAAACUAUGGAAGGAUACUGCCAGAAUGUUUUUCGGUCGGGGAGCGGUAAUGGCGAAGGCGUUAGGCACCACAGCAGCGGAGGAGCAUAGACUUGGCUUAUCGAAGCUCGCUUCGCAAAUAAAAGGCCAGGUUGGUCUGUUUUUCACAGACUCAGAGCCACAGGAAGUUAUCGAGUGGUUCGCUGACUUCCAACAACCCGACUUUGCUCGAGCUGGUAACAGAGCGACUCGUACUGUGAUUAUACCAGUGGGACCAGUAAUGAGACACCACUCCGAUCCCCCAGAACCUUUCCCUCAUAAUGAAGACCCUCAACUACGGAAGCUUGGUUUGACGACCUCGAUGGUAAAGGGAGUACCCACGUUAACCGCUCCCCACAAACUAUGUGAAAAGGGCAAAAUCUUGACCAGCGAACAAGCCCAAUUGCUAAAAUUGACUGGUUUGAAAACCGUCACCUUCCGAGUAGGCCUCCUUGCUCGCUGGGAUUCGGCCACAGGCGAGGUGGUUCAGAUUGAAGGUGGAGGGAUUCCGGUAGAGGAGAAAGACCCCGAGGGUUCAGAUAAUGAGGACGACGCUGAGAUGAGUGAAUAA